AUGCCGACCGCCUACCGUAUCCCUAUACGAAAUUCGACAGCUAGUAUCCCCUGUAUCGGAUUUGGCAGUUACAAGAUCCGCGGCCAAGCAUGCGCAGAUGCCGUUCUUGCAGCACUUUCAGCAGGAUACACACACAUCGACUCAGCUGCCCUGUACCGGAACGAAGUACGCGUUCGUGAAGCAAUUGAACAAUCCGGCGUGGCUCGCAAAGACCUAUUUAUUACCACAAAAGUAGGAAGCCCAAGAAGGAAGACGAGUCAGAUCGAGGUGUAUGAAGAUGUUCUCGAAACAGUGGAGCGUAUUGCUGGAAAGGAUGGGUACGUUGACCUGUUACUGAUGCAUGUCCCUGGACCAUCCCGAGAGUAUAGACAGGGCUUAUGGCACGCCAUGGAGAGGGCGAAAAGAGAAGGAAGAGCAAAGAACAUCGGCGUUAGUAAUUUUCGAGUACGACAUCUUGAGGAACUGCAAGAGUAUGCUACGGAGUGGCCUCCAAGUGUAAACCAAAUCGAGCUUCACCCUUGGUGUCAUCAGAAAGAGGUCGUAGCAUACUGUCAAGAAAGUGGCAUCAUUAUCGAGGCAUACAGCCCGCUUGCUACUGGUGCUCGACUGGAUGAUCCGGUAGUUGCGAUCAUCUCGAAAAAGCAUGAUAAAUCACAUGCUCAGGUACUCAUCCGUUAUUCACUACAAAAAGGCUGGGUGCCGCUACCCAAGAGCUCGAAGCCAGAUCGGAUAUGCGAGAACAUCAAUGUCUUCGACUUUGUCCUGGAUCAAGAAGACAUGGAUGCCCUGGAUAAGUUGGAUGAAGGGUCAUCAGGUGCAAUAUUUAAGAUGAAUGUGAAUUAA